UUGCGGCUUUGACGUCGUAGCCGUACGUAGAUACCGAUUCGAAUUUUGCAGAGCAUUGUUCAGAAUUGAAUUUUGAUGUGCAAUUUUUACCAUUGAAAAUCGAAACAAUCAGAACUGAAUCAGUGGAUUAGCUAGCAUUGGAUCAGGUGUGCUGGAGUGUUAUCUCUGUCGCAGUAGGUGACGAGUUUUCCAUCAGCGAUGGGUGACAAGAGGUGAAAAGGUUUCAAAAAUCAACAAAAAAGAGAGCUAGUUUUGGACUAAAAUCGGGAAGUGUUUUUAUUUCCGUUUGGCUUGUGACCAGCUGAGCUGGGAAGGUGGUGAAAUUCUCGUGAGCAAACACAGGAGUGUUUGAUAAAUUCAAGUUCAAGCGUGCAGUGUCGCAGUGUUAUUUGUUUCAUCGUGUGGUGCUGGUCUGAUAAGUGAUAAGCUUGACUUGAGCCGUUUCCCCCGUGCUCGUGUGGUCCUGCAAUGGACGCAAAACACGAUACCAACGACGCCGGUGAAGACGGUCCUUCCGCGGCUCUGAGCGCAGAAGAGUUCGAGAGCUGGACGCUAGUGGAUCGAUCGCCCAAAGCCGGUCAUCUUAAGAUGAUACCCGCCGCAACAGAACCGGACAAGAAGCACGUCGACGACGAUGAUCAAGUGGAAGACGAAGAAGAUGGCGAUGAAGAAGAAGCAAGUGACGAAGAAAGUGGAUCAUCCGACGGGGAAGUCGAAGAGGAUGAGGAAGCUGAACAAGAGGACAAGAGUGACAAACCCAGUGGCGUGGAACCAGUGAAAAAUAAACCCAAACAAACCAAAGACGAAACGGAUGGUGUCGUGGCACGUGAUGAGGAUCGCGGUGACGAUCGAGCUAAGAGCAAUGCGAAAUUAGCCGGCAGCAACAUUAGUCUGCACUCUCACGAUGGUUCCUCGUCGGAUGGUAUCAGUGUGAUAAGCGAGAGCGAUGGGAGCGAUCAGGCGCGACUACACGUUAACAAGUGCUUCAACCUCGAUCAACUGGCACAAUCCAGUGUACAGCUCACACCUCCUCUUUCGCCGGAACGGGACGAUGAUAGCGCCGUCGAAGAACGAUCCAAACGCAAUAGGCAACUCAAACGUAAGAGAAGCCAUGAGGAGGACGAGGAGGACACUGCCCUCGUUCGAGGGGAUGCGAUCGUUCCAUGGAGGCAUGUCAAUCGAACGUCUUUCGUUAUACUGAGCAUUGUGCUAACGGGAAUUGCUGCGAUCUUGGUUGGCAACUCGCGGAUGUACGAGAACCGGGCCACCAUCAAUAGUUUCGACCAUGAGAAACGUCUUUCGGAACUGGAGCUGGAAAAUACCAUUCUGAAGAACGAGAUGAACAAGCUGAAACAUUUGUACACCCGAUCGGAACUGGACGAGCAAGUUCAGCAGGCUGAAUUUGAAUGGAUGAAAGCGAUGCAGGACCAGGAGAGGCAGGACCCAUCUCUAAUGGAACCGGAACCCCAGCCGGAACCGGAGCCAUCGACGACAUCCGCGCCACCAGAACCGGAACAACCACAGAUGCGGCGAGUUCCUCCGCAGGACGAUAACAUACGACACAGGGUCGUAUGGUCAGGAGACGACGGUCAACCGAUGCUGAUAGCCGACAAGGAUUAUGUCCUGCCCGAGUUCUGCUACAACAAAAAUGCAGUCCAGGACGAGCUAUUCUCUGAAUACAGCGCCAAAUACUGCGAUUCCAAACAGCGCAAGAUCGAUGCUAAACUGAAAAAGCAUAAGCACCCACGGGAUUACAAGCAGUACAUCCACCCAACGGCCGAAGAAGUCGCCGAGCAUCAGAAGCAGGCCACGGCUCCCCCGCCGAAAGUUCCCUCGCUGUCGCCGUUCGAGUUCGACUAUCGUAGCGCGUUCGAAACGAUCAAAGAGGAAGGAUCGGUUAUCCUGCAGAGCCUCACCGCCAUCUUAGAUCUCGAUCCGGAACCGGAACUGAUCAUGUCCGUUCCAAGCGAAGGAUACCUUGCGGACGAUGAAGCUAGCAGCAGUAGCAGCAGCUCGAGUUCCAGCAGUGUUGCAAGCACUCCAGCACAAGAACCGAUUCCCAGCAUCGAAGCAAUCAACUGGGCCGAGUAUCCGCCGUGGGUUCGCGAAAAGUACGAAAACCAACCGGAAAUGCAUCGGAAGUUGCAGAACAAAGCCCACCUGCUGUGGGAAUGGGAACGGAAGAAGAAUCAGUUCUUGGACGAGGUAGGAUUAACGACGUUGGAGGAAGUCGAUCGGAAAUCGGAGGAUGAACUGCGACAGCGGAGGGAUCAGUACGGAAGGGAGCGGAAGGGAGGUGGACAGUCGGGAGAGAAGGCAGGGGCGGAGCAAGAGUCGUACAAAAAUAAGUACGACAAAUAUGACGAAAGGAAGGGAAAGGGAGGCAAGUACGAUGAGCGGAAGGAGUACCGUCCGAGGAAUGGUGAUGAUAGAUCACACGAGCAUAAGAACUUCCAAAAACAGCAAAGCAAAGAGUGGAAAGACAAAGAAAGACGUAACGGAGACAAGAGUCGAGAAUAUCAAGACAAACAACGUCGGGAUGAUCAGCGACAAACUGACCACCAAGAACCUUCGACUUCCCGGCAAGGAUCGCACGAGAAGCAACACUAUAAGGAUAACAACGACAGCGAUGAAAGCAAAGAAGUCGCAUCCGGCGAUCGCGAUCCUCGGUACAAGGAUAAGAAGGAUUACCGAAAAUCCGGCGAGCACGAUAAGUACCGCAAAGACAGCGACGAGUGGAAGGACUACAAGAAGAACGGCGAUCAGCAGCACAAACGCCGUGACAGUGACGAGCGAGAUGAUUCCGGAGAAGUAUUCAAUCCUAAGAAGAAUUAUCAGGGCGAGUACAAGAAGCAGUACAAUUCCAAAGAGGAAAAUCAACAUCACGACAAUAAGUACGAUCACGAUCGCCGUCGGGAUGACGACGAUGAUGAUGAUGACGACGACGAUGACGAUGAUGAUGAUCAUUAUAAACGGCGACAUCACGAUAAGCACGAUUACCGGAAGCACGAACAGAAGGAAUGGCAUGAUAAGCGACACAAGCACAAGAAGGAGGGCCACUGGAAUAAACACGAGGACAAAAAGUGGCACGAUCGAGACCGGGAGCAUCACCAACACUCGAAGGAAAGGGGACGAUAGGCUUCGGGUAAUUUUCUAAGUGUGAAUGAGAUUCAGAAGAGAUCUGUUUUAGGCAUGUUACCACCACAAGAAGUGGCAUUCGAAGUUUUAAACAGAAGGAGGCGAGUUCGAAAUCGGAUGGGAGUGUUAUAUAUCAUAGCAACAUAGGAAACUAUUUUGAAUUACCAAAUGAAACGUAGAAAUAAAAUCUGGAGAAUAGUCUCCAGCACGAUGUUUGAUCAAAAUCAACGAGUCACAAUCACAAUUUACCGUAGAAUGUGAAUUGGCCAUUCUACUUUAAAAUGUUUAAUACCCGGAAAUUCUACUUUAUAUUAUUAGAAAUGUAAUAAAAUCGCUUUUAAACUACUAUAA